CUUUGACAUACUUGUUUUAAGCAAUGGUUAACAUUCCCAAGACCAGAAACACCUAUUGCAAGGGUAUCAAGUGCCGCAAGCAUACCCCUCACAAGGUUACUCAAUACAAGGCUGGUAAGGCUUCUCUUUUCGCUCAAGGUAAGAGACGUUACGACCGUAAGCAAUCCGGUUAUGGUGGUCAAACCAAGCCCGUGUUCCACAAGAAGGCCAAGACUACCAAGAAGAUUGUGCUCCGUUUGGAAUGUACCAAGUGCAAGUACAAGAUGCAACUUCCUAUCAAGCGUUGUAAGCACUUCGAAUUGGGUGGUGACAAGAAGACCAAGGGUGCUGCUCUCGUAUUCUAAAUAUAUUUUAUCCUUUCCACAAUUUUUUUUAUAUAAUCUUUUAUUGAAUAAAAAAAUAUCUGUUUUUACAAAGGAA